AUGCUGCUGCCGAGAAAGAGGAAGUUUGUGGUAUUGAAAGGGCGUCACAAGAGGAGACGUAAAGGCCCAUCUCCUGCUCAAGUGAGACAAAGAGAGGCCAAGUGGAUAAACAUCAUUGAUCAGUGGGAUAAGCUUUUAUUCAAGAAAACGAGUAAGAUCAAAGUGCAAUGCCAUAAGGGAAUCCCAGCUUCACUCCGGGCACGGUGCUGGUCACUACUGAGCGGAGCCACUGAACGAUUUAAUCAACAAAAAGACCUAUACAAGUUGCUGGACACACAGCCUGCUCUGAAACACUGGGAAAAUGUGAUUGAGAGAGACUUGGACCGUCAAUUCCCUUUCCAUGAGAUGUUUGUUGCCAAAGAUGGACAUGGGCAGCGGAGCCUGUUUAAAGUCUUGAAAGCCUACACGCAGUUUAAGCAUGAGGACGGUUACUGCCAGGCCCAGGGUCCAGUCGCUGCAGUGCUGCUCAUGAACAUGCCUGCUGAGGAAGCUUUUUGGUGUUUGGUUCAGAUCUGUGAACAAUACCUGCCUGGAUACUACAGUCCCCUACUUGAAGGGGUGCUUUUUGAUGCACCCAUUUUGAUGUGGGUCUUGAAAAGGUCUUGUCCCGCUGCACACAGACAUCUGCAACAUCACGGCGUAGAGCCGCUUAUGUUCGCUACAGACUGGCUCAUGUGUUUGUUCACACGCCACUUGCCCUUCAACACACUGCUCAGAGUCUGGGACCUGUUCUUCUGUUAUGGUGUGCGUGUGCUGCUGCAGGUGGCUGUGGUGCUGGUGCAGAGGGUUCUGGGAGACGAGGCGCAGAGGAGACAGUGCUGCGAUCAGAUGGAGACACUACAGAGGCUCAGAGGAGUCCGGGAGUACAUCACAGAAGACGAAGACCACUUCAUCGUUGAGGUAUUGUCAGUGUCACUCUCAGCCAAAGAUCUGCAAAGACGGAUGGAAAAAGAACUACAAAUAUGGCAAAAAGAACGACCUUCCUCCACCUUUGACCCCAGAGCCCGUUGUCUUGGUUACCACAUGGCUUGGUGGAGUUCUCGACAAAGAAUGGAAGAAUGUGAUAAGCGAGAAAGAGAAAAGAGCAACCUGUCUGCGCCUCUGUUUCGCUCGGCCUCCACCCUCUCUUUGUCAAAGUGGCAAAAGGGGAAGAUCGUCCAGUUCACUUGGGUCUCGGAGUGCGCGUAG